UUGAAAUUGUUCACCAGAGGCAAGGUCCAGGGACAGAUACGGAGUGUUUCCUUCGGGUGACAUAAUGACUUUUAAUGACAGACUGAAAACGAACGACGAAUGACGGAAUAGAAAGCGUGCAAGAGAAGGCGCACAGAAGAGAGCAACAAACUGAAUGCAGAUAAAAGCGAUUCCAUUGAAAGGGGCGGAAGUUAAGCAGGUCCGGUGCACCAGCUGACUUCGAACAAGACCAAGGAUCGCGUUUCGGUGCGCGGAAAGGGGAACAUUUUAGUUAUUGUCACAUGAUUCCAGUUCGGGGAAAAAACGCCAGUCAAUCGGACCUGUAUUUUAGCUAGACUGUACACAUACAAUAUUGUUUACAUUGUAGGGGACGGGUCGAGAAUUAUUAAAGAUCGGGGCUUACGUUCACUGAAAUUAUACAACAGGAACUUUUUUAUCCAUCUGCCAAUGAGAGGGGGACGUUCACUUUAAAUCCUCACAGGUAGUGUAAGUCUGGGUGAAAAAUGUCGCAAUAAAUAAAAAAGGUAAUAUGAGUUUGCUUAAAGCGUUUGGUUAAGUGGUCUUAGAAUGAACAGCCGACGUUUCUUUAAUUUAUCGAAAAUGGCAUAAACUUGAAUUUGUACUGAUUUUACCUUUAUAGUUCUCAGCAUGGCAACAGAAAGUACCACAUUAAAGCAAAGCUUGCUAAAAGACACGGUGUUUCUUCUGUGCCGAUUGUAAUGUUUUUACACGGAAACAGUAUACGCGGACGACACUAACCAGUUAUAAACCAGUAGACUAAAACAGUUGUAUCGUACUGCGCGAAGCAUUUCGACUUACACGCAGUGUCAUAAAAGGAGAAAAAUACGUUGAUGUGUAGCAUAUAUACAUGUGUAUAAAAUAAGCGUUUAUAAUGCUUCUAACAGGCAUAAAUGAGUUUAAGCAUUUAUUGUACAGAGGAUCAUGAUUUAUUCUUAUCUGUAAGCGCGGCUGCAUACACUGGCUUUCGGGAAGUUCUAAACGCGAGAAAAGUGCUUGAUCAUCCUUUGUCAGCAGAAGCGCGUGAAUCAGCGACUGGAGCUGUUGCACCGCAGCGCGCGGCCCGCAUGACUAGACAGAGCGGCGAUCAUCCGCUGCCCAGAUGCAUGCGAGGUGCAGGCAGACGUCCUCUUUUUUGGAUGUGUCUUAUUCACGCAGUUGAAAUUAUACUGUGCCGUGUUGGUAACUACUGUUAAUGAAGAAUUCAUAUGAGUCUGGCUUUACUUGUCUAAUUGUUUUGGAGCCGUUUUGGAGGUAUUUUAUGAAAUACAAAUUCCACUCUCGCCCGGGUCUACUUAAGUAUUUAGCAUCUUUAGCAUAGUCUGUCUUACUCCGAUGUCCCAGAUAAUGUCUUUCGAGAGCCGCAAGUCCUCCAUGUUCACCUUCCAGUCUUCAGUGCACAGCACGCGGGUACUCCAGUACUUGGAUGAGCAGCGGCAGAAAGACGUUUUGUGUGACGUCACUGUCGUGGUCGAAGAAAGGAGUUUCCGUGCCCACCGCGCCGUACUGGCAGCAUGCAGUAACUUCUUCCAGACCAGGAUUGCCAGCCAUGUUGGCCAAGGGCUGGUCAUCACACUACCCAGUGAGGUCACAGUGGAAGGAUUUGACCCACUACUGCAGUUUGCAUACACAGCAAAACUCCUCUUCACGAAGGAGAACAUCUUGGAGAUUCGACGCUGUGCAGCGAUCUUAGGCUUCCGCAACCUAGACAAAGCCUGCUUCGAGUUCCUGGUUCCCAAAUUCUUUGACGACACAAAAGAUGAACAGUCAGUCUAUCGGAAGUCGUGGUGGAAGAAGAGAUGCUGCAAGCAGAAACGACAGGGAGCCAAACUCAGUGGCACCGUGGACGACGGCGACAACGUUGCUGAGGUAGAGCUCACGGACAUCGAGUCUACCGAUGGUCCUGUGAAAGAGCCAAACAAACCGUGUCGGUUUGCCAAACCAUCCAUAAACGCACGUGGCCAAUGCAGCCCAAUCACUCAGGAGAGACAGAAGGAAGACUACUGUGUCCUGAGUCCAAAGUACUGCGGAUUCACCACGAGAGAGAAACUCUGCCUGGGAUCCUGCUCAGAGCUGGCCACUGAGAGCAACAGUGGGCCAAGCAUCAGUGAAGACCUGGUCCAGUGCCAGCUGAGCCAAAGCCAGACACACUCAGAUCACCUGACACGUGAGAAGGAGGUUGCCAUGAGGUCAAGCUGCCUCCAAGCACUUUCGGAGAACACCACUGCUACCGGCUUCGAGGAGAUGCAACAUUUAGGCUCUAGGCAGGAUGUGAGGUCAAGAGGAAUGAAAUUUAAAUGUUGCGUACUGGAUAGUUUGGAUACACCCUUCCAUAAACUCUCCCGUAAUGGGUCUGUUUAUGGAUUGAAUCACGUCCACUCCCAGAGUCCGACUCAGAAGAACAGGGAGAGAGAUCAGAUGAGCAGCAUCGAGAGGGAGGUAGCCGAACACUUAACCUCCUGGUCCAACUCGUGUGAAGCAAGCGGCUCUAUAGACCCCAAAAAGGAGGACUGCCCAUUUCUCCAGGAGCUGAGGGAUGGGAGCACAUGGCUCCCUGAGUGUGAAAGGGCUUCCAUUGCUGAGAAAAGCCCCUGUGUCUCCGCCAUCCACUCGGGGGAGGAGUCGGACGCUGACACAGAAGGAGACAGCGAGUGCUGUAUCAGUGAGAGGGCUCGCAAGGUGCAGCUGCCUUAUUCAGUGGAGGAGAUCUCCUCCUUGAGUCGUAACGAAUUCCAGCAGCUGCUGAAGGUGCGGCCGUUGACCCAGGAGCAGAUGGACCUUGUGCACGACGCGCGGCGUCGCAGCAAGAACCGCAUGGCUGCUCAGCGCUGCCGUAGGCGCAAGCUGGACUGCAUCCACAACCUGGAGUGCGAGAUCGACAAACUGAGGUCUGAGAAGGAUAAACUCCUCCAGGAGCAGAAUCAUCUCAGCCAGCUGAGGCUCAAGACCAGGCAUAGUCUGUCGGACCUGUGCCAGCGGGUUUGCCGGGAAGCCAGGCUGCAGCCGGAGCAGAUGGAGGUGCUGGCCAAAUAUUCGUCACCAGAUUGCCCCCUGUCGGUGUUCAUGGCAAACAUGCCCCACGUAGGACUGCCUAGACUGGACCGAGACCAUGUCCAGGAGCCCCUAUAAACGCAUCUUGUGGACCCCCCUGUGGACACCCCGUCGAUGGGGCCCCCAGAGUGCCUGCAAUGCCCGGCUUAGCAAAAGCUCACAACAGGUCACUGGAUGGCACAUCCACAAGGCACUGCCACUCUUAUGUCUUGGACACGAGGAGUAAGUGUCCCACUGAUUCAUGAAAAACUUCCGUUUUUCUUUUCUUUUUUUUUUUUUUGAAGAACAUACCAGCAGUCACUAUGCCACACAACCGCCAGCACUCACCUUUAAAAGUAUAUGAGUGCAAAGUACGCAAAAGUGUCCCGUGCUCUGGACGGGACGGCAGAAUCACGGGACGUGGGGACGCGGAAUAGGAGUGGGAGACUUUUGUUCGAGUAGAGGAGGGGAAACGUGUUUAAGAAACAGAAAGAAAAAAAUGGGGGCCAACUUAAAUGAUUGUUUCUGCGUCAGCACAAGUGAAAAAAGGGGGGAAGUUAAAAUGGGCAUUGGAUUGUGGGCAGAACUCAGGGAUGGGGGUUCUGGGCUGAGCCAAAUUCUGUGUGACUGGUAAUAAGGCACAGCAGAAGUGAAUGAAUGCGCUCAUCCCCGGCACAGAGCAUCCAUGUCCCACCGCCGUACAUUUACGACGAAGAAUGCAUUCACUAGCUCCACAUAGGAUAUUGUAUUAGGUCCUUUUUUGGAAGGAAGUAGUAACUCUGUCCUUUUAUUGUAUGUUAUUGGAAGUCUUGCUUUGUCCUGUACAGUGUUAACAUGUAUUCCAUGCUCUUCCAGUACCACUCAGAACCUCAACAGGAGCAAUUUCCUGUAGGUGGAACUUAUUUCAGGGGUAGAUAUUAGCAGUCAGAGCCUUGAUAACCUGUCAGGAGAUGUGAUUGUCCUCUGCGUUGAGAGUAUGGUAAUGGUAAAUCAUAUAAUUUUUAACUGUCAAACCCAGACUAAUGUAACAAGGGGACAAUUAUCGCCAAACUUGGUCAGAGGGUGCUUGCGUAUCAGAACUGCCGAACUUCCAGGCGUGCCCUGGUCUUUGAUCAGAGGGGGACGUUUUUUAAAUGCACAACCUCUAUAGCCUCAGGUCCAACACACCAACACAUACCUCAGCUGGGCAGAGACUGCAUGUCCAGGUAACAUGGAUGAAUGUAGUUUCUGCACUCAGCAGAGCUGUAGAAGCUGCAAUAACAGUAUUGGGAUAGAAGCCCUUUUCUUGGUGGCACAGCAUAACCGAUGAAUGAUGGUUCGUUUUAUGAGUUGAGGACUCACAAUCCAACAUCAUUCAGUCAGCGGCGAUCAUGUCGCAGGACGUUCUGUUGCGUGUCCACUGUGUGCAAGGGCGCCGUAAAGGGGGAAAGUUUGGAUGAUUCCAAGGGCCCCAAAGUGACAGGGGCCCUAAAAAGUUUGUAGCAUAAUUGUUUUGGUCGGGGUUGGGGGCCCAAUAUGAUAUGCUUUCAUUGGGUCCAAAAUAUCUAGAGGGUGCCUCUGACUGUGUUUCCCGCCUAGAGACCAGGCCAGGUUCAAUGGGGUUCAAUCAUUCCUCAGUAACUGAGUGACUUACCAUUGUUUCUGUUUGCUGAAACAAUUAUUGAGAACCUGUUUACUUCUGGGCUCUAAAUGUCUGCAGCGUAGAACAUACAGGUUCAGAGGUCGUCUGUCCUGACUGUACCCACAAGACAAUUGUAUCUGAAGAAAAUCUUCACAAUUAUCCUGUUGCUAUUUUGAUUCUGCUUCCUAAUUUGGGUGCUAGAGGUGGGGGGUGUGUACUGACCUAGAGUAUGCUGACCGUUUGGAGUUGCACCUACCAAAAUAUUUAAUUGUGCUUUUCCUUUAAAUAAAAAACACUCUAUGCAGGCAUUCUGUCAACAAAAACAAAAAUCACAGUUAAGACAGAUUAUUUUAAUAAGUCAAAGUAACUAUUCAUAGGAAUCCAGAGGUAAGGUAUUCCAGAAAGGUUUGACGUUUUGAAGUUUGUUGACUACCAGCACCCGAAAAAAGGGGCUAUAACAUUGCCACUGACCUACUAAGUUUGUUAUGGUAAUGUCUCUGCUGGAGGGAAUACGGGGUGGGGGGGGGGGGUUGCAACUGAGCACAAGGGUAUACAGUUAGACAGCAGACUUUGUAAUAGCACAGGUGUCUCUAGGCAACAUGUCCCCUUCAUGCAGGUCACUGGACCAAGACAUAGACCAGACAAACCAUGUGACCCUUCAGCCUCACACAACUAAAAUCCACAACCUUUGAAUUCACUUGCUGUUUUUUAACUUUUGCUCCCAUGACCUCUCUGUAUUGGAUCUGUAAAUUCCUUUUCACUGGAUGUAUUUUUGUCUGUUCUUUCAAUUAUGUUUUCUCAACACAAUUAAAAGAAAAUCUCUUUAAAACGUUCAUAAUCAGGUGAAGUCCCUUUAGUGUUGAUCCUGCAGGAUUCUUCAUAAUGUCAGUGUAAUGGAUGAAAGGUUUGAUUAAGCUUUGAAUUUUUGUUGAAAAUAUUCGUUCUGUAUUCGUUUCAUUGCAGCUGCUGCUCUCACUUGGUGUACAUUGAUUUUGUCUACAUGAAAAUCAGUUAUCCUCUAUGCUCAAUAAAAUUUGUUUAUUUUGUA